UCGUCUCUCCUUUUUAAGAGCUUUUUAGUGCGCGAUUUUUUCUCGGACCCAGGAACUAUCCACGUAUACAAAACUACAGGCGAAAAGUCAUGAGUGGUUCGGGCAAGGGUCUGCUGGGCAUGUGGCUCUAUCGCCGCGACGAGGAGUGGACCGUCAAGGAGGGCAGUCCUCUGCACAAGAGUCGCGAUGUACCGAUGCACGAGAAGGUGGCCAGCGGCGACACGAAAAAUUCUGUCGUCUUCUCGCUGAAAAAUCAAAUCGGCGGCCUGGCGCGGGCGCUGCAAGUUUUUCAGGACCUGGGAGUGAACGUGGUGCACAUCGAGUCGCGCAAAUCCAUGCGUCGCGGCUCCGAGUACGAGAUCCUGGUGGACGUUGAGUGCGACGGCAAACGCAUGGAGCAGCUGACGCGCAUGCUGAGCCGCGAGGUGGCCGCCAUCAAUCUGGCCCAGUACGAGGAGAUCGGCACCAUGCCCCAUCAUCCGCCCUUGUCGGCAGCUCCGAGCUUCGAUUUCAGCGAGGUCGACAUGGUCUGGUUCCCGCGUAAAAUCGCCGACCUGGACAAGGCGCAGAAGGUGCUGAUGUACGGUACCGAGCUGGACGCCGAUCAUCCCGGUUUCAAGGAUCCUGUUUACCGCAAACGUCGCGAGCAGUUCGCCGACAUAGCUAAUAAUUACAAAUAUGGUAUGCCGAUCCCGAAAAUACAAUACACACCCGAGGAGAUAAAGACCUGGGGGACGAUAUUUCGCGAGCUGCAUCAGUUGUAUCAGAAGCACGCCUGCAAGGAGUUCCUGGAGAACUGGCCGAAAUUGGAAAAGUAUUGCGGAUACAGAGAGGACAACAUCCCCCAACUGCAGGACGUCAAUGUCUUUCUUAAGAAGAUGACGGGCUUUCAGCUGCGACCGGUCGCGGGUUACCUGUCGCCACGGGAUUUCCUCGCCGGCCUGGCUUUUCGCGUGUUCCACUGCACGCAGUACAUACGCCACUCGUCCGAUCCGUUCUACACACCCGAGCCGGAUUGUUGUCACGAGCUACUGGGCCAUAUGCCGCUGCUGGCGAACCCGAGCUUCGCCCAAUUCUCCCAGGAGCUGGGACUGGCCUCGCUCGGCGCCGCCGACGAGGACGUCGACAAACUCGCAACGCUGUACUUCUUCACGGUGGAGUUCGGCCUGUGCAAGCAGGACGGUGAGCUGCGCGUCUACGGGGCGGGUCUGCUGUCGUCGAUCGCCGAGCUGCGCCACGCCGUCUCGGCGCCCGCCAAGAUACUGCGCUUCGAGCCCGAGGUCACCGUCCACCAGGAGUGCAUCAUCACGGCCUUCCAGAACGCCUACUACUACAGCGACAGCAUCGAGGAGGCCAAGGAAAAAAUGAGAGAAUUCGCCAGCGGCAUCAAGCGAGCCUUCGGUCUGCGCUACAAUCCCUACACCCAAUCCGUCGACGUGCUCACCGACGCCCAGAAGAUCACCGCCCUGGUGAGCGAGCUACGCGGCGAUCUCUGCAUCGUCUCCAAUGCCCUGCGCAAGAUCCAGGAGCAGGACGAGAGCGUCGACGUCGAGCGCAUCGCCAAUCUCCUCACCAAAGGCUGCAUCGCCAGCGGCAGCGGAAGCAGCUCACCCCCGUCCUCCUCCUCGGCGCAACAGCGAAGGAGGCAAAAAAACGACGACGACGAUUCGGAUAGUAGCAGUGACGACGACGACAGCGACGCGAGUCCGAAUCGUGACGAGAAGCAGCAGGAAAAGCAGCAACCGAUCCCCGAAGCCUCGUCGUCCUACAAGGCAUAGUUGGCUUCUGUCUUUUCGCACUUCUGCUGAUACAUAUCGCGUCGAUUAUUCGAUUGAUUGAUUUUAAUUGCAAUUGCAGCGUGACUUAUAUCAUUAUUAUAUUAGAUUAUAAAUGUAUAGAAUAUUGUAUCGUUGGUUCACGUCGCGAUCAUUACGGAGAUGUAAUGGGAAUUAAAUAUGUAUAGCUUAUUAUGUUAUAGCCAUUAAACGAGGGUCCAAUAUUAUUAAAUAAUAUAAUACAGAUGUAAAUUAAAUAUUUCUGAUAUUAAACGAGUAUAUUGAAUGUCAUAUUGUAAUUCCAACGAUCCGAUUAUUAUAUUCGACUAUCAUAUUCAAAUUAUUAUAUAGUG